AUGCCGGGGUUGAGCAACAAUCCCCCCAAAAACGGCUCACCCACGCGCCGGGGUGUCAUAAACACAUCUCUUCCUGCCAACAGACCUGUUCCCCCAGAUGCUGUGGUAACUUUAACCGUGCCGGGAAGCAAUGACCCACCUCCUCCCGCGCUUCCCAGAUCCCCUCUUCGAACUAUCAUCGGUCCCCCAAGCAGCAAUUUAGGCCUGGGGCGGCCGAGGUUGAUGAACAAUGGGGUCAAUGGGGUGCACGACACGAAUGGGAACGCGAUUGACCCAGCAGAUGUGGCCAACGGACAGCCUGUGACAGUCAGACCAACCACCUUACUCGGAUCACAGCAAAAGAAUGUGGUUCCAGGUGGUGCGUCCAGGGUAGGAAUCCAGGCCGUCAGUGUGGCUAACGGCCAAGAGAACUCUGAAGACCCACCGUCCAGUGGGUUGAGGAGAAGCACUGGCCAAACGAACGGCGACCCUCCCACGAACGGGGGGAGAAGAGCGAACGGUCAGACGAACGGACAGGAUAAGGUUUUUGAGAAAACGACGAACGCCUUGAAGAGGGAAGAUGCGAACAAGGCGACCAAUGGAAAUGGUGAGGGUAAAAAUGGAAAAGAUAAAAACGGUAACGGAAAGAACGGCAAUGGGACUAAGUCGCCAUCAAAAAGGCCGGCAGGUGCGGCAUCUCCCACCAAAAAACCAGCAGGUGCAGCAUCUCCGACGAAAAAACCGAACGGGAACGGCGCAACAGCUUCCCCGACGAAGAAAGCAAGCAGUACCACUUCACCAGUUAAGAAACCUGCGAAAGCCAGCAACGACGACAAAUCUGACGAAAAGUCGUCUCCCAAGAAAGAAACUCCUCCAAAAACUUCUAAAGACUCACCCAAAAAGACUACAUCCCCUUCACCAACACGAAGACUCCCCAAACUCGAGUCUCCUACCAAAAAAACCACAUCUCCUUCACCACCGAGGAGGAAAGUAGUAGCUCCUCUGCCUUCUCCUAAAUUUUCUCGAAAAGGUGUUCCCGGUCAGUCGUCUCCGUCGAAACGACUGGUGCCUGGAAAGCCUCUUCCAAACGUUAGUAGUCAACCACCCGGUACGUCUGAAUCCGUUAAGGAAGUAUCGGUUCAGGAAUCUGGUGAGGACGGCAAAUCUUCCGAUGACAAGUCUGAGAAGAAAAAGCCUGAAAAUAUUCCAGUUCUUGACCGACUGCUAACCUUGUGCAAGAGAGGGGACUGGUUAGCAGUAGAGAGUCUUCUCAAUCAUCUGGAUGGGUUACAGAUACCAACCGAUCUUGUAGACGACGAAAUGGGUUACACACCUCUCAUGUACUCGGUGAGGGACAACCGGGUCUUCAUGGCCGAGAGAUUCCUCGAAAUGGGCAUGGAUGUCAAUAUCAAGGGCAAGAAUGGCAACAUCCCAUUGAUGCUUGCCGUUGAAGUAGGCAACCACGGGGUCUGCCGAGAGCUUCUGAUGCAAGAUGCAAAGGAACAACUGUCCCAGCGUCGUCCCGACAUCAGGGACACCCCCCUUCACAUAGCAUCCCGGAGAAGGGACAUAGACCUCAUGCGACUCCUCAUCGAAAAAGGAUCUGCGGUGAACCUUCAGAACAGUGAGGGAAUGACACCUUUACAUAUCGCUGCCAUGGAAGGGGACGAAGGGAUGCUGAAAGUGCUGGGACAAGCCAAUGCGAGGGCCAACAUCCUGGACCGGAGAGACCGGGCGCCCUUGCACUUGGCGGCAGAGAGAGGACACACCGGAUCGGUCGAAAUCCUGUUAGAAAAAUUCCACGCAUCAAUCACACAAAGAACUAAGGAUGGCAGCACACUGAUGCACAUUGCCUCUGCUGCUGGAUUUCCAGACAUUGCAUUGAUAUUUAUGAAGAAAGGAGUCCCGAUACACACUUCCAAUAAGGUAAGAAUCAGUGAGUGA